CCGCCCCGCCCCCGGACAUAACCAGCCGCCGCCACCUCCGCAGGCUGCGCGGAGCACCGGAGGCUCGGACCCGCGGCCAGCGCCGGGCGCCCGCCUCUCGUCUCCCGCCUCCCCGCCAUGGCGGCGCCUCGCGCUCUGGCGGCCGCCGCGCCCGCGCCCGGAAAGGCCAAACUGACGCAUCCGGGGAAGGCGAUCCUGGCAGGCGGCUUGGCAGGCGGCAUCGAGAUCUGCAUCACCUUCCCCACCGAGUACGUGAAGACGCAGCUGCAGCUGGACGAGCGCGCACACCCGCCGCGCUACCGGGGCAUCGGGGACUGUGUGCGGCAGACAGUGCGCAGCCAUGGCGUCCUGGGCCUGUACCGAGGCCUCAGCUCCCUGCUCUACGGCUCCAUCCCCAAGGCGGCCGUUAGGUUCGGGAUGUUUGAGUUCCUCAGCAACCACAUGCGGGACGCCCAGGGACGGCUGGACAGCACUCGAGGGCUGCUGUGCGGCCUGGGCGCAGGAGUGGCCGAGGCCGUGGUGGUCGUGUGUCCAAUGGAGACCGUUAAGGUGAAGUUCAUCCAUGACCAGACCUCUCCCAACCCCAAGUACAAAGGAUUCUUCCACGGGGUCAGGGAGAUUGUGCGGGAACAAGGGCUGAAGGGGACAUACCAGGGCCUCACAGCCACCGUGCUAAAGCAGGGCUCCAACCAGGCCAUCCGCUUCUUCGUCAUGACCUCCCUGCGCAACUGGUAUCGAGGGGACAACCCUAACAAGCCCAUGAACCCGCUGAUCACCGGGGUGUUUGGAGCUAUUGCGGGUGCAGCCAGUGUCUUCGGGAACACUCCUCUGGACGUGAUCAAAACCCGGAUGCAGGGCCUAGAGGCACACAAAUACCGGAACACGUGGGACUGCGGCAUGCAGAUUCUGAGGAAUGAGGGGCUCAAGGCGUUCUACAAGGGCACUGUCCCCCGAUUGGGCCGGGUCUGUGCGGAUGUGGCCAUCGUGUUCAUCAUCUACGACGAAGUGGUGAAGCUGCUCAACAAAGUGUGGCCGACAGACUGAGCCCCGAGGGUCUGCAUUGGGGCUGCCCUCAGGCAUCUCCGGACCAACCCCCUCCACCCUCUUCUCAUGAUUCCAGUGCAGUCGUGCCAAAAGGCCUUCUCCUGCCCCUUGCAUUCCGUGGCCUGGGCCUAUUCCCCACAGCCGUUGAGUCCAUACGUCCCAUAGUACUGUGUCCCUCGUGGUCCAAAUGACACCACCAUUGUGUUGUUCAGCAGAGGCUGGGCGUCCCUCUGGCCCCCUUGCCCAUAUUCUUACUCAGCGCCCUGUGCCUGUGUUUCGUGUUCUGUGACCCCGUGUCCCACUUCCCAGGGUGCCCGUGUUGCCUGGGUCCACAGCCCUGUCACCACGGCUUGGUCCCAGCCCGGUGCCUUCCACCCUGGGCAGCAGGUGCACCCACCCCUGCAUACCACAGCUGCCUCCGGGCCUCAGCCUGGCCUCACUGCAUUCCAGGGGCUGCAUGCCCCCCGCUUCUCCUGCCACUGGCCUUAACUGGCCCUUGGGCCCUCCCUCCGCCUGGGACAGGGUGGCACCCGCCGCUCUCAGGACCACCCUCCCAAGGCAGAAUAAACCGGAUACUGUCACA